AUGCCUUCCUCCUCUCGUCACCCCCACAGCAGCAGCUCCCGCAAGCACGAUGUCUACCUCGGCGGCGACGGCCACAGUGGGAGUUCCUCCCGCCGGUCCAAAUAUGUCCAGGAGAGGAAGUGGUACUGUGCAUGGUGUAACUUCGGGCCCUUGGACUGGACCUACGACACUCAUUGCGCCGAUUGCGGGCGGGCCCGCGACCAGUACUGUCGCGUCGAGUACCAGACACGCAAGGCCCUUACUGUGAAAGGGCGACCACUGGAGCUCGAUGUGCGCCGUCACAUGAGGCCUCCCCACCCUGCGAUCGCGGCUCUCUAA